CUAGCUGUGUAUACGUCUUUCCCUGUUUCUUCGUCAGAUCUAAAAACCUUUGCGAUCAUCUUCGUCUUGCUGUUAACGAUGAUGGCUUCUUCUUCUUCGUCUGUGGCUCUCGUUUGGUUGUAUCACGUCUUCCUGAGCUUCCGUGGUGAAGACGUGCGCAAGGGCUUUCUUAGCCACGUUCUGAAAGAGUUCAAAAGCAAGGGAAUCAAUGUUUUCAUUGAUAACGAGAUCAAGCGUGGAGAAUCUGUCGGUCCCGUGCUUGUAGGAGCAAUCAGACAUUCAAGAAUUGCCGUGGUCUUGCUCUCCCGGAACUACGCUUCUUCAAGCUGGUGUCUGGAUGAGUUAGUGGAAAUCAUGAAAUGCAGGGAUGAGGUUGGUCAAACUGUGAUGACCAUUUUCUACGAAGUGGAUCCAUCUGAUGUUAGGAAGCAGACGGGAGAUUUCGGAAAAGCCUUUGAUGAAACCUGUGUGGGGAAAACAGAAAAAGUGAAGAAGGCAUGGAGGCAAGCUUUGUAUGAUGUCGCUGGUAUAGCUGGCUACCACUCUAGCAACUGUGGAAAUGAGGCUGAUUUGAUCAUCAAAGUUGCUUCAGAUGUCAUGGCUGUGUUGGGUUUUACACCAUCAAAAGACUUUGAUGACUUUGUUGGCAUAGGAGCUCGUGUCACCGAGAUAAAAUCGAAGUUGAUCUUCCAGUCAGAGAAAGUUAAGGUGAUUGGGAUUUUGGGUACUCCUGGGAUUGGGAAGACGACCACUGCCAGAGUUUUAUACAACCAACUCUCUCCUGGUUUUCUAUUCAGCACGUUUUUGGAGAAUAUCAGAGGAAGUUAUGAGAAGCCUUGUGGUAACGACUAUAGGUUGAAGUUGCGGUUUCAGAAAAACUUGUUGUCUCAAAUAUUCAACAAAGGGGACAUUGAGGUUCAUCAUUUAGGAAGGGCUCAAGAAAUGCUUAGUGACAAAAAGGUGUUGGUUGUUCUUGAUGAAGUGGAUAACUGGUGGCAACUAGAGGAAAUAGCAAAGCAGCGUGGAUGGGUUGGUCCAGGAAGUAUGAUUAUCAUUACAACAGAAGAUAGAAAACUUCUCAAGGCACUCGGGCUCGGGAUCGAUCAUAUCUACGAGAUGAAAUUUCCAACUAGCGAUGAAUCUCUGCAGAUCUUCUGCCAAUAUGCUUUCGGUCAAAAGUCCCCAGAUGAUGGUUUUGAAAGGCUUGCUUGGGAAGUUACUUGGCUUGUUGGUGAUCUUCCUCUAGGCCUGAGAGUUAUGGGAUCAUAUCUACGGGGAAUGUCCAAGGACGAGUGGAUAGAGGCAUUACCAUGGCUAAGGUCUACCCUUGACAGAGAAAUUGAAUCAACUCUAAGGUUUAGCUACAAAUCCUUGAGAGAUAAUGAAAGAAUUCUUUUUCUGCAUUUAGCAUGUAUGUUUGCUGAUUUCAACGUUGUUCGCGUUGAUAGCUUCAAAAGUUAUUUUGCAAACAUCAGUUUGGAAGUCAACCAUGGGCUUGAAGUCUUAGCUCAAAAAUCUCUUAUAUAUAUAGAAAAUGGAUUGUUAAAAAUGCAUAGUUUACUGAAAAAAAUGGGUAGAGAAAUUGUCAAGAAACAGUCUACGAAGAAACCUGCAAAACCACAUUUCUUGACGGACACCAAGGACAUUUAUGAUGCACUUGAUAACGAUACUGCUACUGGGAAUGUUCUAGGCAUAACGUUGUGUAAUACAAACUGGGAGGACGAUAAAAUCCAAAUAAAUAAAAGCGCCUUCCAAGGGCUGAAUAAUCUCCGGUUUCUAUACUUUGUCUGUAAAAACUUAUGCACACCCGAGGGCCUCGACUGUCUUCCCAACAAACUCAGAAUGCUACAUUGGGACCACUGUCCAUUGAGAAUUUGGCCUUCCAAGUUCUCUGGCAAGUUUCUUGUUGAACUACGCUUGUUAGAUUGCAAAUUCGAGAUGCUUUGGGACGGAAUUAAACCUUUCCCGUACCUCAAGACGUUGGAUUUGAGUUACUCUGACAAUCUGAAAAAGAUUCCAGAUCUUUCAAAAGCAACGAGUCUUGAGGAAUUAGAUCUCCCUGAAUGCAAAAGUUUGAUAGAGCUCACAAGCUCUAUUGGCAAUGCCACCAAGCUUCGUCGAAUGGAUAUAUCAGGGUGUACAAACAUCAAAGACUUCCCAAAUGUUUCUGACAGCAUGGUAGAGUUGGAUUUGAGCGAAACAGAGAUAGAGGAGGUUCCUCCAUGGAUUGAGAACCUCUUUCGUCUGCGUGAACUAAAUAUGUAUGGAUGCGGGGAGCUGCAAACUAUAUCGCCAAACAUUUCUAAGUUGGAGAAUCUUAAGCUUCUUUGCCUGUGUAACUAUUUGUUUGCUGAAGAAGAUGGGCAGGAUCCGUUUGAUGACAUAUUUGAAGCAAUAAUCAAGUGGGGGCCUGACUUCAAGCGCAGUUGGGUAUUACAAUCAGACUUCGACGUUGACUACAUUUUCCCGAGAUGUCUACCCGAGAAGGCUCUUACAUCUCCUAUAUCAUUACGGCUUAGCUGUAAUUUUAUCAAGACUAUUCCAGAUUGCAUCAGACAUCUCUCGGGACUAAUUGAGCUUGACAUCAAACAAUGCAGAAGGCAGCUCGUGGCACUUCCACCGCUUCCCCAUUCCCUUGUAUCUUUAGAUGCACAAGGUUGUGAAUCUUUGAAGACUAUAGACUCCUCCUCUUUUCAAAUUAAUCCAAACAUUUGCCUAAACUUUGUGGACUGCUACCACUUGGAAAAAAAAGCUAGAAAGCUCAUCUAUACAUCAGCUUGCAAAUAUGCGAUCUUACCGGGUGAAGAAGUGCCUGCACACUUCACUCACCGAGCCAGUUCAGGUUCCUUAACGAUCAGUUUGACUCCAAGACCUCUUCCUUCAUCCUUCAGAUUCAAAGCUUGUAUCUUGCUGUCAAAGGUACAAGCUCAUCCUGGGGAUACUAGUGAUGACGAUGAUGAAGAGGGAGAGAAUUCACUGACGGGCGUGUCUUAUUCCGUCAGGGGUAAACAGAAUGGCCUCACAGUCGAAGGUGGAUCAAACCAACUCUAUAUGCCAGCUCUAGAUGGAUAUAGAGAGCAUCUGUAUAUAUUUGAAGAUUCUUUCACUCUACACCAGGAUUUCCCUGAAGCCGAAGAAACCACUUUGACCGAGCUUUCUUUUGUGUUCAGAGUCCAUGAUGAAACCUGCAAGGUCGAAGCCUGCGGCGUACGACUCAUAGAGGCAAACAAUGAAAGUGCAGGUGGUGAGGAUGAAGAUGAUGAUGAUGAUCAUUAUCAUGAGUAUGAUCAUGAUGAUGAUAGUGGUGAUGAAGACGAUGAUGAUGGUGAUGAUGGUGAAGGUGGUGAGGAUGAAGAUGACGAUCAUGGUGAGGAUGAUGAAGGUGGUGAUGGUGAUAAUAAUAAAUAAUAGAGUUGAGGAGAAUGAUAAUGAUUCUGUUUUUUUUUUUUUUUCUGAUGCAGGAAACACAGAAGCAAACAAUGAAGCUGAAGGAGUAGAAUCUAGACAUGAUGAGGAUGAAGAGACGAGGAGCAGGAAACGAAUGAGGUUAAGCGUUGCUAGAUUAUUCGAGUAACUAAAAGUUUCUUGCUCUCUGUAUUCAUCCCUGUAACUUCUGGUGGUUUGUGUAAAUUUAAGUAAUGAUCGUGUAACUAGAUCUCCCUUUCAUGGUGAUUCCUUAUUCAUGUGCUGAGAUAACAUCUAUAUUCACGGGAAAGAUCCAAGCUUUUUUCUCUAUCACAUCAAUCUCUUAAGACUUUUCUGUGUUAGUCUUUGAUGAUGAUGUCCCUGAGGAUCAUCACUUGUGUCUUAACGUGAAAAGCGCGUUGGGGAUUCUAUGUUGCUAAGGAGCUUGAUUGUCCUCUGGUUGUCACUGCUUGUGUGAAC